AAUGGGAUCAGCGACAACCAAUGAAAUUGAAGGAUUCCGUACUGGACGUAAACAAAAAGUUGAGCAUCUGUCAUGUACUCGGCGGUCUUUUAUCAUUAAUUCCUGCAGAAAAAGAUAUGAACACUAUUGAUAUUUUGGAUCUUUAACACGGUUUUAUUUAGUUUGAAGAGAUGCCUGGGAGUAAAGGGUUACGGCCAACAUCUCCAGUCCAUGUACAUGUGGAUGACGAUGUUCCGGUGCACGUCCAUGUCAAGCAGCCAAAGAAGAAAAAAGGCGGAGUUACCAGUACAAAAAAGUUCACAAAGAGUACAAUAUCAUCGAGAGCUCGAAGUAAGAGCCCAUCCUCAGGACCAUGGGUUCCUCCACCGGCAAAAGCAACAAAGGGGUCCAAAGUCUCCUGGCAGGUACCGGAAGUUGAAUCUAUAGCACAGACGGGCCCCACCCACAGACUUGAGAUCCACACCCCGCGGGACGCUCUCCGCAUGGAAGACCUGAGCACGGACGAGGAAGACCGAGUUCAUAGCGAGAUGCGAACAUAUGAAAAUAAAAUUGAAAACCUCAUGAGUGAAGUGGGAACCCUCAAAAAUGAGGUUGAGUUACAGCGGACACUACGCGAAAACGAGCGUCAGGAAGACGAAUUGAACACAUCCCGGCGUAUCCUCGAGGAGCAAGAGCGUGAACUAGACGACUACAGGGACGAAUUGACGCACAGUUCACGAGAAAAUAGACUUCUUAAACAAAGUAUGGGCAUUCUUAGGGACGAGGCUGAUGCUGUGAGAACUGAGGCUGACUUGUUAAAUCGUGAACGUGAGAAGGUGAUGAAGAAAUUAAUUGAAGUAGAGAUGGACGGACAAUGUGCAGCUAAACAUGCCUCGCAGCUCCGUGAUUUAGUUCGUAAAUUUAGACAG